UUCGAUCUACUUCAGUACCUUUCGACGGAUUCGAAAAGUCACAAGGCGGACAACGACAACUGGCAGCCAAUUUUCCCGACAGGUCUUGACAGAGGCCUGACCUCCAUUACGUAUAAAGUGGCGCAGAUAGACGCCCAGCACCCCAGGCCCGCCGCGCUCAUGAUUGAACCCUUCAACAGCGUACUAUGGGUCUACAUUGUUCUUUCAAAACUGAACACUGAUCUGAUCGUUGUUUGAAACACUCUUCUAGGACAUCAGGGAAGAUCAGGGAGUGCUCCUUAAGGGUUUCAAGGCCCCAAGACAGUCUCCAAUUCGUGAGUGCCAGUGACUCAGUAGAGGCCAAUGCGCCAGAGGCACAGUUCAUGAGACUGUCGAAUUCUCCUCACAUGGGCCAAGGAUAUUCAGUGUUAGAAUCCUGACCGUUCGGGAGUUCUCUGGACGUUACAAACCACGGAAUCAGAGAGCUCACAGUGAGAGUAGCGUGGAGUUGUACAAUGAUUUUCAUCGGCUCAGUACGCGGAUUGAAACGAAGACGGACGAUAGAGAAGGGAAGCUCUAGGAGUGAUGCCACGGUCGGCAGCCUGGUCCGUGUUUUGUAUCGUUGGCUGACAUGCCCUCCAUUGAUGUCAACGGAUGUCGGACUGUGGGCGCGCCACGUACUAUGGUCAAGAUUCAACUUCGCGAGCGCUGCACAUAUGAUGGACGAUGUUAUUGUCGAAGCGAAGUCGAAUUGUAGGAAACGAUCUCUCUGAGUUACGGCGUGAACGUGAGCGUCGAACGAUCGCAGGACAGAGUUGGAAGAUAAAGAGACUGUUCG